ACUCUUUUUCGUGUCGGAGAUAGAAAAGUCGAAACAUGGCGGCAAUGAACGAAGAAAAGGCGAUGGAUUUAGUAACUAAAAAACGAAAGCUCCAUGAUGAAGAGGAAUCUGAUGACAAGUUCAAUAAUCUAGGCAAUAUAGAAAUAGUUGAGGUUUUGAAUGACAAUUCCCGAGAAAAAUGCUUGUUUUUGCACACCAAAAUUUCAGGAGAAGAUGCUGUUGUUUUGAUGGAAAAAACACCGUUCGACAGGAACACAAUGACCCAACUGGUUUCUGAAGAUACCACUUUGAAGGAAACACUCAAAAAUGACAUUUAUUCUACGUAUGAAGCACAACUUCCACAUCACCUAAAUGCUGUGAAAGCCACUUUGAUUUGUCCUGCAACAGAGAAGCACUUGUCAAAGUACAGACAACAAAAGACUUUUGCCAUAUGUGAAACUAAAGAAAUGUAUGAGAAUGUCACUAAGCCAUAUUUACAGGAACAGAAAUUCAGUAUACAAUGGGUGUACAAUAUAUUGGAUAAGAAGAGUGAGUCAGACAGGAUAGUUUUUGAAGAUGCAUGUCCGAAGGAUGGAUUUAUACUGUUACCAGAUAUGAAAUGGAACAGAAAGGAGUUGAGUCAACUCUAUCUGGUGGCUAUUGUGCACACCAGGGAAGUUCUGUCAUUGAGAGACCUCAAUCAUACACACCUACCUUUGCUCAACAAUAUCCUGCACAAGGGAAUGGAGGCGAUAAGAAAAGAGUUUGGAGUAAAGCCAAGUAAGCUUCGGAUGUAUGUACACUACCAACCAUCAUACCAUCAUUUUCAUGUACACUUUACACAUCUUGCACUAGAUGCACCAGGUUUCGAGGCAGACAGAGCCCAUCUUUUACAGGACAUCAUAGAAAAUAUCACAAUCAAAUCAGACUACUACCAGCAAAAAAGUAUCGUGUUCAAAGUUCGAGAAUGUGAUGGACUGUACUUGAAGUACAAGGAAACUGGAUACUUUGAUUAGAAUUUCUUUUGUAUGAAACAAUAAAUAUAACAAAAUGAAA